AUGGUUCAUGUAUCCGCAUUGGCCGAUGCCCAGGUUGCGGCGCUGUACGACCAUGUCUCCAGCAGCGGCGAAUUGUACUGCAAGAGCGACCUCGAGUGCCUGAUGCGGCAAUUCGAAAUCAAGGCUUCGCGGCAUCGCGGUAACGUGUCAAGCAUAAGUAGACACACCCCCGUAGAGGUUGUGAGCCAGCUCCUGCAGGAGGGGUUGCUCCGCAGCCAACGCUUCAAGAAUGUUACAGUGAUCUGGUGUCCAGUGCCCCCGGCAUCAGAGGACGGCAAAAAGGUAGAGGUGCCAGCGACUUCAUCGGAAUCUGACAAUGCAAACCUUAAACUGCGAUGCGAUGAAUUAAAGGAGGAGCUGGCCAAACUGGAGGCAACGAAGGGCAGCAGUGAUUCUAUGCGUGAGAAGGGCGAGAUUAUUCGGCAUGAGAUCAAAGUGCUGGAGGAGCAAAAUGCCGCCAAGCGCAAGGAGGCAGCUGCGAACCUCGACGGCGAGCGUAGGGAAACGGCAGCCUACCUCACUAGGUUGAAAACUAGCACAACGUUGCUCCAGAAAUACGUCUCCGACACAUAUUUAGUGUCUAAUGAAGCAUGA